AUGGCUUCUCCCUUCCCAAAUGCCUCAGCUUUACGACUCGUAUUGGCCGAUAUCGAUGCAGGAGUGAAGAAUGCUAUCAAAAGUGGGGGGAUUGAAGAAUAUAUCAAGUUGGUGAAGGGAAAAGUGAAACAGCUCUUCGAAGCUCAAAAACUUGGUAUUUUUCGCGAGGUCUUCGAAGAGUUUGGCACCUUUCUUUGGAGUGUCAUUGUUGAAUAUAGGACAGCUCAAAAGCAGAAGACAUUCGAUCGCGAAACAUUUUUGGCAACAUAUAGGCUGAAACUCCAAGUUCUUGAGGCUUCCUCGAAGGGAUCGUCUGGUUCGCCUGCAAAUGCCCGUAUUCCCGCCGAUGCCCGCGUUCCCGCCUCUGCUCGUGUUUUCAACACAACUCAAAACCCCGCUGCUGCUGCCCGUGUUCCCAACGCCGCCCAGGUACCUGCCCCUGCUCGUGUUUCCGACACUCAAAUCUCCCCCGCCGCCCAGGUUCCCGCUUCUGCUCGUGUUCCCUCCACUCAAGUUCCCACCGCCGGCCAGAUUCCUGCUGCUUCCCGUGUUCCUGCCGCCACACAAGUUCCCGCUACUGGAGUAAACUCCGCUGUCCCGCAGACCAAACAUGAUGGUUCUGCUUUAGUAGCACGGUCGGGGUCUGGCUCUAAAAGAGAGGUUGCGCCCACUACAUCUGCUGGUGGAAAAGUGUCCUCGUCGGCGAGAGCUAUCAAACCCCUCCCCAAAACCGGCCUCCCCCAAACCGCUGGUCCAAAGCUGACGGAUCUCGCGGAGAUGGUAGACCACCUAGAGAAGUCUGUCGGGAAAAAUAAAUCCGGCAAGAAAAAGAACAUGAGGUCCACACCUUCAGACUUGGAUCCAAAUUUGCCACUUGUAGAGAAGUAUCAUAUUUUGGCAGUCAAGGCUCUGGAUCAACCAGACUCACCUAUUCAUGACUUUCAGAAAAAGAAGCAGGCUUCGAAGAAGGCAGAUUGGGAGACGAGGAACGAUUGGAACGACUCCGCGUCGGAGUGGAAGGAUUCCGACCCAUCGGAUGGCGAAAACCCUGCCAGUGGUUCCAAGAGGAAGAGGAAGCACAACGCAAAGGAGGAGUCGACGUGCAAGCGGUGCGUCGAAAUGGAGUAUGAGUGCAAGCAGCGGGAUAGUGUAUGGAAAAAGGGCAGUUCAAAGGCCUGUUUUGAGUGUUGGAGAGACAAAAAAAAGUGUUCAUUCCGUACCAAGAAAUCGGAAUCCGGGGAUGGAGGCAUUGAUGGCGUUGGUAACUCGAAGACAAAACCCAUCAAACAGCCCUCCAAACAGGCUUCAUCUUCAAAGUCUCAGGCGGGCAAGUUCAAAUCGGCAAAGUAUAUCGAGUCAAGCGACAAGGAAGACACGCCUGCACCCCCCAAGAAGAAGAAGAAGAUAUCGGAUAAUAACGACAAGGAAGACGCACCUCGUGCAGCACCAAAGGUAAAGGCAUCGGAGAAUGCCCACUCUGAGGGCAAGGCAGGUAUGCCAACUCAGGAAAUCAUCGAAAUCCAGUCCGACAGGUCCGACAACGAUAUUCAACUUUUGCAAGUCCCGCAAAAAGACAAAAUCCGCAAAGCUCAACCCGACGACAAUACGAUUUCACAUAAGAAGAUCCGAAGGGAAGAGAACACGGCGGGCAAUCAUUCAGGUUCCCAAAUUCUCGCUCUCAAAGAUAUCUCCGAUGUCAACUCUGUGGAGACAACGGAAAAAUCUACCAAAGUUAUAUUGAAGAAACCCCCGACGCCAACGCCGACUCCUCAAGACACUCCUCAAAUUCCAAACACGCUGUCCAGUUACCCAUUCAUUUUUGAGAUGGAAAAACGACUUACGGUUCUCGAGAACAGACAGAGUUCCUACGAAGAACACUGUGCCGACAUCUACACGCAGCUUGAGGAACUAAAAAACGAAUUUGAAGAACUUGAAAAGUCCGCCGGGUUUCAACAGGUCAAGAUUUGGAAUCAAGAUGAACAGCUCAAUUCGAUGGAGCGUUCAAUUGCGCACCACAAGCAACUUGCUGAUGGCACGUCGUCAUCACUGAAUCGCACUAUAGACCUUCUGAAGGCCGUUCGGAAGGAUGUUUCAAGAUUUCAAGGGCAGAUCGAUGGAGUUGUGGAAAGGCUAGAAAACGUGGAGGGGCGUUGGGUCGACUAUGCCGACUCAAACGUGGAAUACGCAUCCAAGCAUGAUGGCUUUGGUGCAUUUGAUAGCAUUCAAGCUACAAGUGGUCCCAAUGACGCCUCCAACGCCUCCGACGCCUCCGACGCCUCCGAUGCGCCUUCCAACGCCUCUGCCUCCGAAGCCUCCGACGCCUCCGCCUCCGACACUUCCAAUGUUUCCGACACAGAAACUGAAGAACAACAGGCAGAAACAGGUGUGACUACCCUGAACCUCUAUGACAUUGAAACAAAUGCUGACACUGACACCGAAGACAAUUCAGAUGCCGAUGCUGAAGCUGACCCAGACCCAGAGGCUGAUGUCAACGACAAUGCUAAUGACAAUGCCAACGCCAACACCAACAACCAGGGUGACGCUGAUGCUGAUGUUCCAGCUAAUACUGACAUCAAACCCGAUGACCCAGCGUCUUCAACCACCGGCAUUAUUCCCGAUGACCCAGCUUCUUCAACCAGUGGCAUUGUUUUGGAGAGAAAGUCUGAUACCCACACAUCUGGCAGCAGAAAGGAUGUCAACCCAGCAACGUCGAACACUGAAGGUGAAGCUCUCAACUCCGUCAAUGCACACGCCAAUGCCGACAGUAACGAACACGCCACAGAGUCAGGCUCAAACAUGAGUCUUGACUCGGAGUCUUCGAAUCUCAACGGCGAGAUUAUCCCACCAAAGACAACUGUUUUGCCAGACUAUAAGUCGGAUAACUCACCAGUCUCAACGCCCCAGUCGGAUAUGGUUUUGUAG